AUGGGAGAGGACUUCCACGCGCACCAGGGUCGGUUUCCUCGCCUCCUGUCCGAUGACUACCGCAGGAGAGCCUUGUCCGGUGCUGCCAUCGGAAGCGAGCCACGCCAUCAAACCUUUGCAAGGGGAUCAGCGCUCAUGGAUGAUGUUGUUAUCAAGUCCAGGCCGCCCCUUCAUACUACCAUGAUCCCAGAGCCGCUCCCACAUCCACAGCUGCCAACUUGCCCUCCCACCCAGUAUAACUGGCAGGAUCCUAGAGGCAGGCAGGUCCCACACGGAUACCCUGUUUCCCAGAGUCAUCAGCGCUACUUGCCUGAUACCCAUGGCAACUACGCCUUGCACCCCGUCAACACCUACGCUCCCCACACUCCCAUAUCCGAUCCCCGUAAGCCUGAAUUCAGCUAUCAACCCGGGUAUGGCCCCGAGCACAGCUAUAACCCGAGGUCCAACGGAAACUUCGCCGGAGCGAGUUACCCAUAUCUUGCUUUUGAGAACAUCACAGCAACAAAAUCUUGGGGUCCUGGAUCAGGACCAGCACACAUCACGCCCCAGCGCCGUGUCACCGAAAGCUCAUCAAUCAGAGAAGAGCCUAGAAGAGAUUUUUGCAGCUCCCCUUAUUUUGGCAAUACUUCAGCUUCAAGCUCUCCCAGAACCCAUAAUGGACGCCAACACAGACGGUUACCGCUAAGCCGGCCAGCCAGCACGAGCACACAAAAUUCUACUCCUGUGAAGUCACGACGCUCAAAUAUGGGUGCGCGUCGCGACAUCCCCAGAACACCCAGUGUGCAAAAUGUACACCCAUCUCCCCUUGGUACCACAAGCUCGUCUUCCUAUCAUCGGUAUAGGGGAGAAGAACAGGGAAAUGGCCGCGGCGCAAGUAUUCCCAGAGCCAAGUACUCGAGUAGGGCUCCUCUAAAGGGCUUGAAGGAGUGUCCCGGCACGACUCCCGGCUCUCGAGAGAUGAGUUCACCUGUGAUCUCUCAUUCAAGCUCUCGGAGCAGUACAUCCAACUCGUUUUCUCAACGAGACACCUCUGAGACUACAUUACGCCUACCACGCACCUCAUUGUACGAUCGCAUUAGCAAGACUCAAGCAAUGAGCACCAGAUCAACCUUGCCCACGCCUGUCUUGAGUGACUCCGAUUCCGACUCAGAUGCUGAAGAGUCAAGCCUUGAGAAAAGACACCGCCUAGUUGGCUCCUCUUCAAUCAUAACUCCACAGAAAGAAUCGGCCCCAACCGUCAGUACUGAAGAAAACGAUCACGUCAUCUGUGCUAUAUCAGAGAGUCGCUCUGCGGAAGUGGUUGGCAUUGCCGUCAUCAAUAUCACUACGGGACAAGUGGAUUUAGCCAGAAUUCUGAACGAUGACAAGUACUUGUAUCAGCGUCUGGGAGACACAUUGUGGAAGAUGUCGUCAAAGCCGGAAAAGUUCCUUGUCGUCAACAGCGUCACCACCAAUAGCAGCAAGUCUUUACUCAUUUCUUGUCUGGAGCAAGACUUCCCAGCAGUCCCCAUAGUGCUUUGGGGAAGGGAACAUUGGAGUGAGGCAGAAGGGCUCAGGAUGAUUGAGCGUUUUGCACUUCGGGAUCAUGUGAUUGCUCUCAAGUCAGACCUUGAGAACAACUUCUACACUCCUUGUGCCUUUUCUGCUCCGAGUACAAACAAGGAAGAGGUUAUAGAACGGUAUGAAUCAGUUGAGGAGUUGUCUACUAACGAAGAACUUUUUCGUGAGUUGCGCAAAGCACUCGAAGAGCUUGUUCGAAUCGACUUUGAGCGCGUCAUCGUAUGGAUCAGCCAGGAACAACCCAACCCACGGCAGCCUCUGGAAGAAGGCGUUCCAGGAUGUACAAAUCAAGGCCUACUCCUACCAACCCACGCGGAGCUUACCAAAGCGGAACAGGAGUUGAACUCCAUACUCAUGCUGAAGAAGUAUCUUAGUGGCAUUGACGCAUUGCAUGGUAUACUUGAAGCAGCUGGGUGCAAAAGCCGUCUAUUGAGAUGGAUCAGGGAUAGGUUUGCACCAGAGCACACUGAGCCCGUUCAAAGGGCCAUGGAAGAGAUGAUAGAAGAUGAUGCUGCCUACAGCAAAAAGCCAAUAGAAUUGAGGAACAAUCGGAUGUGGGCCGUCAGAAGCAACCGGCGGUAUUGGCUCAGGUUUGAUUACUCGGAUGUCGAACGUGAAAUACAACCUCAAUCCGACGUUCAAAAGGGGAAUUCCGGCGAAGUCAGCCACUGGAAGCAGGUCUCGAUUGCCGGUCUCGAUAUGAUUAACGGCACUAGGGAUAAAAAGCAUUUCAAAUGCCAGACAACCGAGCUUCUCCAGAGGAGCAGGGCUAUUCAGCUCCAGGCAGAUAUUGCAACGAUGCAGAGCGAUAGAUUGGUUAUCGAGCUCAAAGGGAGACUUCAAGAGCAUUCGAGUCUCAUGUUCGAUAUCAGCGAUGCUAUUGCAUUGCUCGAUAUGCUUUGCUCAUUCACACAGGCUGCCACUACCCAGGACUACGUUCGACCCAUGAUCACUGAUAGCAUGGUUAUCAAACAGGCAAGGCAUCCAAUUGUCGAGGCACGGACAAACCACUAUGUUGCCAACGACGUGUAUUCUGGUGAUCAAUCCGGACGUUUCCAGGUGAUCACUGGCGGUAACAUGAGCGGCAAGAGCACGUUCAUCCGAUCAGUUGCCCUCAUUCAAAUCAUGGCACAGAUGGGAUCCUUUGUCCCUGCGCAAUUUGCGUCCAUUUCCAUCUGUGACAAAGUUUUUGCUAGAGUCUCCACGGACGAUGCGCCUGAGAAUAACCUGGGAACAUUUGGUGUGGAGAUGAGGGAGACGAAUGUCAUCUUGAGGCAAGCCACAGCACAAAGCAUGAUCAUCAUGGACGAGCUUGGCCGGGGAACUUCUCCAAAAGACGGUCAGGCUCUCGCCAUUGCUAUCAUCGAGAAGUUAAUCAAGAUGAAACCACGUGUCUUUUUUGCAACGCAUUUCACACGUAUUCGUCCCGUGCAGAAUGAGGACUACGGCAUCGAACUAGCGCGCUGCGUUCUUCCUGCAUCCAUAGUGGACAACGCUGAGGAGGUUCUGAAAGCCUUGCGUGAGGGUCAAAGGCCACCGCAGAGUGGAGAAAAGGGAAGGGAGGCUAGACAAAGGAAGCUCACGCUAGCUUUGCCUGUUGUUAUGAAACAAGCCCUCGACUCGACCAUGGACGAUGCCGCCUUGGGUUCGUACCUUCGGAGAUUGCAGACCGAGUUCACGCUUAGGUGGUUUGGUGUUGAGGAGGGAGAGGAAAACGAUGAGGCGGAAGAAGUUGAUGAGAAUGCUGGAGAGGUCGGUGAAGGCCGUCCUGAAGAAGCUGAUAAGGUUAUGGACGUUAGUCAAGGUGGACGAAAGCGGCCUGCUGCUGAGAAUGAUGGGGGCGAGGAAGGAGAAGGUGCUGGAGCCGAGAGUGAUGCAGAACGUGAAGGAAGACAGAAGCGGAGGAAGGAAGAUUAG